AUGGUGUUUGAGCUGGACCCUCGCGACUUUGCGCCAUCUCUUAGCAUCUGUGGCCUCCCUCUGCAGAUUUUCUGCAACUAUUGCAGUAAUAAGCCCUCGCCGACCCAAGAGCGCGGUGACUUCGACAACGGCGAACAUGUGGACGGAGGAACCGGGCACCGUACGCGAGUGGCAUGGAGUGAUGACGAGGUAGGUGGCUCGAGUGUGCCCACGCCCGUGUCGGGCAAGAGAGUGCCAAUAGGAGUGGAAAAGACGGGGCGCGACGAGACGAUAGGGGAUGGGCACGGGAAUUCUGACCAAUCCCAAGCUUGGACAGGCGGCCUCGGCCCCCCAACUACUGCUCCUAUUUGUGGGACCCGUACUGAUCGGCGUUCGUACGCGGCCGCAGUGGCUGACUCCUUCCUUGAAGGAGAUAGUCAGUAUCCAGUGGAUACAGAACGGGGGGCACAGGGGAAAGGAUCGCGGGUCGGGUCCUCUCCUAUCGCGGGAGCUUUUUCCUGUGACGUUGUGGCUCGAUCUCGAAAUCUCGGGUCGGCGUAUGAGCCUCACUUGUUGGUGUCUGCGGGCUCGGGACCGGUGAGAGCUGCAACAGAGCAGGGAAGGGCCGACACGGUAGACGGGCGGGGUCCGGGACUUUUUGCUGACUCCAAAGAGAAUGGGAGUCAGCGCUUAUCUGCUGACCACAACCGUGUGCUGGUGCGGGCGGCUACGAGAGUGUGGACCGACAGAUCAGACGAUGAUCUCCGUUCGGUGAUUCCGCUUGAAGAGGAGGCUCUAGCGGCAUGUGAGAUGGGGGCUAUCAUGCUCCAGUCUCCGCCUAAAUUUUUUGUGUGCACGCACCCGAGGGCUACGCGAGUUGUAAUGCUUGAUUUUUUUGAAGAGCACCUGGAAGGGAAGGUCAUUGCGAUUGUCGCUCCGUACGUGCGCAUGCCUCAGUAUAUCGCUGAGAAAACGUUGCUACUCCAGCUCUUGGAACGCAGUGAGGGGCAGACGGAGUCCGAUGUCAUGAGUCGGGAAUUGGUCAAGGGCGCCAAGCGGACCAGUUACGAUGCCGAAACGAGGCGACUGACUUUCAUUAUGCCGUAUUAA